AUGAAGUCGGAGAACCCGGACCUCAAACACUUCCUCGCCAUCCCAUGGGCCGCGGCGCACAUCAACGCCCCCGACACGGUCCGCGAGACGGCCUCGUCGCGGUUUCCGAAACAGGACACCGAGGACGAGCUCUUCUCCACGACGCUGCACACCGACAAGACCAUCGCGGCGUUCUUGACCUUAUACAAACGGCCGUCGUCCUCCUUCUCCUCAUCAUCAGCAACGACCGCUGAGAAGGACGACGGCACCGGCAACAUCAUCCGCGAGGUCAAGGCCCUCCUGACGCUCCGCCACGGCGUCAACGGGUACCCCGGGGUGUCCCACGGCGGCAUCGUGGCCACGAUCCUGGACGAGACGAUCGGGCUCGUGUUCCCCCUGAACAAGGUCAACGGGCUGCUCGAGGACGCGUCGUACAUGACGGCGUACCUCAACACGCAGUACGUGCGCCCCGUGAGGACGCCGCAGACGAUCCUGGUGGUGGUGACGGUGAAGAGGGUCGAGGGGCGCAAGUUCUGGAUCGAGGGGGUCAUCGAGGACAAGGACGGGCAGGUGCUGGCCAAGGCGGACUCGCUGUAUGUCAGGGUGCGGGAGAAGCUCUGA